AUGUUUAAACUGGAACAGUUUUUAGCAAAAGAUGAAGGUUUGAGAGAUGAAGAAGGUGUAGCACCACCAAAACGUCGAAGAGGCGUUCGUAUCGCCGAAGAAUCAUUAGGAAGAUUAUGGGAUAAAUUAGAAAAUAAUAAAAUUGAUAAAGAAACCUUUUUGAAGAGUGCUGGUCUUCGAUAUUUUCAAAUUUUGAAAAUUGAAUAA